AGUAAAUAGAACACAAUGAGGGAGUGCAUUUCUGUCCAUAUUGGCCAAGCUGGAGUCCAGAUGGGCAAUGGCUGCUGGGAACUGUACUGUCUGGAACAUGGCAUCCUGCCUGAUGGAACUGUUGCUGAGCCAAAUAGUCCUGCCAUAGCGGACUCCUCCUUUGGGACCUUCUUCAGUGAGACUGGAUCAGGAAAGCAUGUACCCAGAGCUGUGUUUGUAGACCUGGAGCCAACAGUCAUAGAUGAGGUCAGGAAUGGUACAUACCGCCAGCUCUACCACCCAGAACAGAUGAUCACUGGGAAGGAGGAUGCUGCCAAUAACUAUGCACGUGGCCACUACACUAUUGGGAAGGAGACCAUUGAUCCCGUAAUGGACAGAAUUCGGAAACUGGCUGACCAGUGCACAGGACUUCAGGGAUUCUUGGUUUUCCACAGCUUUGGCGGUGGUACUGGGUCUGGAUUCACAUCCCUGUUGAUGGAACGCCUCUCUGUGGAUUAUGGGAAGAAGUCCAAGCUUGAGUUUGCAGUCUACCCUGCUCCACGUGUUUCCACUGCGGUGGUGGAACCCUACAAUUCUAUUCUGACAACCCACACCACAUUGGAGCAUUCGGACUGUGCCUUUAUGGUAGACAACGAGGCCAUAUUUGAUAUCUGCAACCGCAACCUGGAUGUAGAGCGUCCGUCCUACACCAAUCUAAACCGCCUAAUUGCUCAGAUUGUGUCGUCCACUACUGCCUCUCUACGGUUUGACGGGGCCAUGAAUGUUGACCUAACAGAAUUCCAGACCAACCUGGUUCCCUAUCCCAGAAUCCAUUUCCCUUUGGUCACCUAUGCUCCCAUCAUAUCUGCUGAGAAAGCCUACCAUGAGCAACUGUCUGUGCCAGAGAUCACAAAUGCCUGCUUUGAGCCCUCCAACCAGAUGGUGAAGUGUGACCCGAGGCGUGGGAAAUACAUGGCCUGCUGUCUGCUGUAUCGUGGGGAUGUGGUACCAAAGGAUGUGAAUGCAGCCAUUGCUGAUAUUAAAACCCGGCGCUCAAUCCAGUUUGUUGACUGGUGCCCCACUGGCUUCAAGGUGGGUAUCAAUUACCAGCCUCCCACUGUGGUGCCCGGGGGUGACCUGGCCAAGGUUCAGAGGGCCGUGUGCAUGCUGAGCAACACCACGGCUAUUGCAGAGGCCUGGAGCCGCCUGGACCACAAGUUUGACCUGAUGUAUGCAAAGAGGGCCUUUGUUCACUGGUAUGUGGGGGAAGGUAUGGAGGAAGGGGAGUUUUCAGAGGCCAGGGAAGAUAUGGCUGCUUUGGAAAAGGAUUAUGAAGAAGUGGGAGCUGACUCUGCAGAUGGGUUGGAUGAGGAAGAUGAGGAUGAAUAUUAGUCUCAAAUUCCAUCAACUUAAAAUCUGUAUUUCAUGUGAAUCUAGAAGAUUAUUUAAAUCUAUACAUCUUAUGUUUGUAUUCCUAAUAAAUGUGUGCAUUGUACAAGCACUUGUUUUGAGUCUGUGUGUACAGCUGUAAUUGCAAUAUUACUCCCACAUUCUUGAAUUGUACUUGCAGCCAUGGGGCAUUCUCAUUCAUUGCAUUUUUUUAAAUCCAAUUCACCCUAAAGACAAUUGAUUCUGUGAGAAUCUAGUCUCCUGAGUAGUGCUUAAAUUUUUAUUUAUAUGUAAAAUCCACCCCAUGUAGUUUUUUUUCCAGUUAAAAUGGACAAUCGCUCAGACUAACAUGGCCCUUUUUUAUUUAUACUACCUAAAUUUGCAAGCAACACAGAUUUACAAUCCCUGCUGAAUUUAGAAACCUGUAUUGUUAUAAUAUUGUGUUGUCAAACUCUAGUGUGGUUUGACAGUGUAUCUUGUUUUGUCGUAUUGAUUAUUUUUAUUAAUUUAUUUUAAACCCCAUGGAGGGGGGGGGGUUAAUUCACACAAAGUAAACAAAAGCUUAACUUUGUCUUGGAGUUGCGAACCAAACUGUUUAGCUGUCUAAUGACCAGGCACCUAAGCUGCUUAUUGGUUUCAAAACAAAUCCCCCUGCUUAAAUACCAAUCUCUUAAUACUGGUGAAAACAAUUACUCAACCCUGGGAAAUUACAGACUAGCCCCUUCCUUCCAGGCAUUCUGGGAAAUGUAGUUUGGCUGGUUGACUUACCUAUCAGGACUACACUUUCCUUCUGCAAUUUAUACACCUUCUAGGAGUCCUUCUAGAUCUUCCUUUGACAGUGUCAUAAAUUUUAUUAUAUAUAUUUUUUUUUAAUGGAGUGAGAUGUGUGUUUUAAAUCCUUUGCCUACAUUUAAUAUUGUUUUACAUGUGUUAGUUAUAAUUCAUGGAGUAACCUAAAUGUCUUUACUUAUUAUUGGAUUGCUGUUCUAUCAGCUGAUUCAGAUGACGUAUGCACUUGUAAAAUUAGCUCUAAUGUUGGAGUAGCUACUGCAAUCUUUACUGCAUUCUAAUAAUGGUUGAUCUGACACCAGCCAUUGCAAUGGCUGGAAGUUGUUUUUGUAUAUAAUGCUAAUUAACUCUUAACAUGCUGAAGAAACAAGGAGUAUUGGGCAGCUUUGUGUUUCCACUUGAAGGCCCCAGUGAUGUACUCUACUUGGCUCAAUUGAGAUGGGUGUUAUGCUGAUAUGCUGGGGAGGCUGCACUGUGGUUGAUCCCCAGAGCCUGCAUUGCAGC